AUUCUGUCCCUGCUUUCUCCUAUAUAUAUAGAGAGAGAAUUUUCUCCGUCUUCAUCCAUGAAAAAAAGCCUGAAUGUGGUCUUCAAAAUAAAGCUGUUUUUUCUUUCCUUCUUUCAUUAAUUUAAUGGAGUUUAAGCGGAAUUUAGGUCGCCGAUUUCUUAGGACAUGCAGAAUUGCUAACCCUUCUAUGACUGAUUGCCGGAUCUCCACAUCCCGGGUCGCGGUUAAAACCCGGAUUCCUCCGGGCCCGGAGAGAAUCUCCAAUGAUCCGAUAGACGAUUCCGUCUUCCUCCGGUUCAUGCAUCGCCGACCGGGUUAUGGGGCGGGUGGGCUGCCGUCGUCGUUCCCUGUCGCCGGGGAGAAGCUGAUAGAGAAAUUGCGGUGGACGGACAUUUCGGGUGACAGGAUCCGGCUUGACGGGCUCGUCCCUCCGCCGGGGUGCAAUCUGACGGUGGUUGAGGCAAGGAAGCUACUCCGCCUGUCGCAGAUUGAGAGGGUGAAAGUGAAACUCAAGGGAGUCGGAAAGAAUCACAUUUCUUAUUCGCAAUUUAUGGGGAUUUGUGGCGAGGGGUGUUCGAAUUCCGAUCAAAGCUUGGAAGUCGCGAAAAUGUUGGACGAUUCCGGCGCCGUCAUCGUUCUCGGAAACGUUGUUUUCCUCAAACCUCAUGAGUCGAACCAAUUUGGGACAGAUGACGUACAGUUAUACUCGAAAACUUGCUUGCUACAUGCUGGUGCUGUCACAACAUCACGGUCUCGCCAUUUCAGGACGCGAAGUAGAAGAGGGGAAGAAAGAUUAUUUUGGGAAUGAUGGAAUGUGUUUUUGGAAUGUUAAAAAAAUGAGAUAUUUGAAUGUUGGACUUGCAAGAAAAAAGAUGAUUUUGAGAUGAUAGAUGAAGGGAGAGUUUUUUAGUUUGGGAGUAUUUAAAAUUUCAAUGUGAUCACGACUUAGGACUAUACUUGCCACAAAAAUCAUCAUAUUAUCCAGAGUGCCAUACUUAAGAUAUGAGAUUAGAUGGUUAAUGUCUAACUAUUUAUCAUUAAUCAAUCUUAGGAAUGACUACUUAGGUGUCUUUGGGCUUGAUCAAGGGGCGAUUGAGCUACAUUGUUUCGGUUCUUUCUUUGGACAGGUUGUGAAAGCAAUUGAGGAUCUAAUACCAAGUUCAACUGCCCAGCAGGAUGAUCCAAGAAAGGCAGAGUUGGAGAAUAUGGAGAAGCAAAUGGAAGCGAUGGAGAAGAAAGCGGAACGGAUGGCGAGAAAAGAGCUUCGGCUCGGGCUCGGGUACUUAGUGGUUCAGACAGCGAUAUUUCUGAGGUUAACAUUCUGGGAAUUGACUUGGGAUGUAAUGGAGCCCAUUUGCUUCUUUGUCACCUCGGGCUACGCCAUGGCUGCCUAUGCUUUCUUCUUAAGAACUUCUAAAGAACCAUCUUUUGAAGCGUUCUUUCAAGCGCGAGUAAGCGCUAAAAUGAAACGCCUGAUCAAGCAUCAUGGUUUUGACAUCCAAAAGUAUAAUCAGCUUAAAAGGAUUUGUGAUCACUCUUCUCCUUCACCAUAGUUAUUACUACGGAUUUGUGACACCAUAAUAUAAAUAGGUAUAUGAUGCAGCAAGAUUUAACAACUUUACAUAACCUUCUUAGGCUUUUUGCUUCUACUUUUGUGUCCUUACUAAGUUUACUUUUUCUUAUCGGCGGCUAUAAAUCUAUAAUGUGUAGACCACUGAUGGAAUGUGCAAUACAUCAAGUAUUUCA